CGUACUUGACGAUGAUCCGCAAUUUGUGAGCCAACGGGACAGACAAAAGACGCCCGGACCACCGCAAGAAGAAGUAGUAGAAGAAGAAGAAGAAGAAGAAGAAAGCUUCUCGCAGCUGGACUUCCCCCCGAGCGACAUGUCCGCCGCCCCUCUGGUCCUGUUGGCGGUCCUCGGCCUGGCGCUGCCGACGGGCUGUCUGCCGUCCGGCGACGGCGACGACGGGGACCCGACCUCCGCCUUUUCGACGCGCUUGUAUCGGACGCUGGCGAGCCGCAGCGACGACAACGUCUUGCUGGCCGCGGGGUGGGCGGGGCGCGGCCUGGUGGCGCUGCUCCGCGCCGCCAACGGGACGACGCGGGAGCAGCUGCGGGCGGCGCUCGGGUCGGACCCCCGAGACCUCCCGGAUCCGUCCCCGACGGCGACGAGCGUGCCGCCGGACGGCGCCGGCCUCAACCUGAAGGGGGGCUUGGCCUUGUUUGUUGACGGCGGCGCGCAGGUGUCGGCGUCGUACGCGGCUCUCGUGCAAAGUAAGUUCGGCGGCGUCAUCAAGAGGGUCAGCUUCGCCGCGCCGCAGGAUACCGCCGACGCCGUCAACGCCUGGGCCCGGCAGCAGACCAGCGAUCGGGCUCGGGACCUGGUGGCCGGACUGGACCCCGGCACGCGGCUGCUACUUGCGACCGCCGCGUCCUACCAAGGUGGCUUCAGUCAGGCGUUCAACGUCAGCGCCACUCAGGACGAGCGCUUCUACGUGGACAAGUACCACGUGGUCAGCGUGCCCAUGAUGUUCCGGGCCGACAAGUACUUCCUGGCGUACGACCGCUCGCUGAAGGCGGGCGUGCUGCGUCUCCCCAUGGCGGACGGAGCGGACACCCUGGUGGUGCUGCCCGACGACGGCGUGGACCUCGGCGACGUGGAAGAGCACCUGACGCCGGAAAAGAUCCGGGCCUGGAUCGGGCAGCUCAAGAAGACGAAGUUGGAGGUCCAGUUGCCGCGCUUCCUGUUGGACCGUUCCUACUCUCUGACGGACGUCCUGCGCACCCUGGGCGUCGCCCGGGCCUUCGGGGAGGACGCCGACCUGAGCGACGCGGGCCUUCCCGGAGGCGUUGCCGUGUCGGAGGUUCUCCACAAAGCCUCGGUGUCGAUGGACGAGAGCGGCGCGGGAGGCGGGGCCGCCCCCGUCUUCUCCAGUCCCCCCCCUCGACUGACCGUCAACCGACCGUUCCUCUUCGUGGUCUACCAUCGGGCCGGCGCCGACCUGCUCCUGAUGGGGCGAGUCCGCGACCCCACCAAGAAAUAAGUCGCGCUCACCCGCUAAGGUUGAAUCCGGGCGACCGGACUCCAAACGCAACUGCCGAAGCCUCUCAAAACGUCCCCCGUUCCAUUCGUAGCGCGACCUCAACGAUCGGCAGGCCAGUCUUACUCGCUGCUUGCUUAGUUGCGAUCGCUCACAGGAAUUCGAUAAGAAACUCUCAUGGAAGGCCAAACGAAGCAAUUGGAGCAAAACUUGCUGCGGUGGUUCCUCUACUUACCAAAUGAAUUGUUUCCGCAAUUUCUCAAAAGUAGAAGCGCGUUUGACAUGUAAAUGGCCUAAUCCGUUCCAAGUCCCACCGACCCCACCAAAAGUAAGCAUUCAAACAUCGUGUAAAGAGGAACAUAAAUGAUGUUCCUCUUUACCUUUGGCCUUGGGCACAGUGAAAGGCAUCGCGGGGCGCGGGGGGAGGAGGCAAACCUUUGACAGCCGACACAAAACACGUGUACCGAUGUAGGCGCGCGACUCCAUUGCACGAACGUUUCUUGGGGUCGCUGGUAAAGAAAAAGGAAGAAACUUGCAAAAAAGUUGGACUUUACCGGCGUGCGCUAGCGUGGGAGUCGGUAACAGUCGAGUGUCCGAGGGAAACGCAAAGCAUCAUGGGUAUACGUCGAUGUCCUUCUAGCCUGGGAGGUAGCCAACGGGAGAGCGGCUCUCCAGAUCCACGAUGUUUACGUUUGGUGGAAUUUGGAGGCUGCCCCUCUUUUAUCCUUUUUGGAGCUUGAAUUUCCUUCGUAACUGGAGACAAUUUUUUUUCCGAGGAUGCCAAUCGUAAGCUGAAUUUUCCGUUACUGGAGACGUUGGUAAGUAGAGAUGCCACUGGAAGUCCAAAAAUGUCAUUUGCAUCUUUGGCAAAAAUUUUGGCCCCGUUCGAAUUCGCCCCCCCCCCCCCCCCCACCUGCCAACAAUUCCCAUUUUCAUGUGAUUUUCCAAAAGUCUGCUCAAAUGAUCGGGAAAUGGCCCUCGCAUUCCUUGAAAUGGGAACGCCGGCGCCAUUCUCGCUUCCAUCAUGUUGGCGUCUGAUGAAAGAGGCCACCAGGUCCAAAUUGCGGAUCGAGACCGCCGGCACGACGGAACCGAUUGCCAUCGUUCACUCCUUCCUUCCCAGCAAAUGACAACAAAGACGCCACGCCCCCCCAUUCCAGUGGCCCACGUGGGGACGAUCCGGGCCCGGCGCUUCAGGUGGCCCAUCUAGUUUGGAAGGGAAAACGUCGUCCACAAACCAAGAGCGUCAAGUCGCCUCCAUUCAACCUUUGCGGGUCGCCGAGACGUCCCGCCGUUACGUAACAGAGAAGGCGGGGCGAGUGUCCACAAGGGCGGCGCCUGCGAGCGCUCAGCCUACUUACCUUUAGUCGCCACUUUAUUAGGCACACUUACACCCCGCAUGCGUCACCGUUGUUUAACGUCGUUCUCUGGAAAAAAAAAAAAAAAAAACGUAGUGUUCGCUCGAUUGGUUAGGGUUAGGCCGUCGGCGCCACAAUAAAGUUUUGGAAUCCGG